CAGUUUGAUCUUCGUUUAAAUAAAUUUUGACCAGAUCCACUGGGUUGAUAAGUAACUAACAAAAUUCACCAGAAAACAAAAAAAGGUAAAAUAACAAAAUUAAUCAAACAGAAAUACAAUAAAGAAACAAAAUUUACAGAAAACGUUGGAGCGAAGAAUUACGAGGACUGAGAUUCUUGGUCUUGUUUGGUGGUGGUAGCAAGUGGCAGCAGGCAAACGUGCGCAGAUGGCGAAGUUCUCUCUAGGCAGCGAACCAGUGGUGGGUUCGCUAACACCCUCGAAGAAGAGAGAGUACAGGGUCACCAACAGGCUCCAAGAGGGAAAGCGUCCUCUCUACGCUGUCGUUUUCAACUUCAUUGAUUCUCGUUACUUCAACGUCUUCGCCACCGUCGGUGGCAAUCGGGUGACUGUAUACCAAUGUCUUGAAGGGGGUGUCAUAGCUGUGUUACAGUCUUACAUUGAUGAAGAUAAGGAAGAGUCUUUUUACACUGUGAGCUGGGCCUGCAACACAGAUGGAACUCCAUUUGCUGUGGCUGGGGGAAUCAAUGGUAUAAUUCGAGUCAUUGAUGCUGGCACUGAGAAGAUACAUAAGAGCUUUGUUGGCCAUGGUGACUCAAUAAACGAAAUAAGGACUCAACCAUUGAAGCCAUCGCUUGUGGUUUCAGCAAGCAAAGAUGAGUCAGUUCGGCUAUGGAAUGUUCAAACUGGAAUAUGCAUUUUGAUAUUUGCUGGAGCUGGUGGUCACCGCAACGAGGUCUUGAGUGUGGACUUCCAUCCUUCAGACAUAUAUCGCAUUGCAAGUUGCGGCAUGGACAAUACUGUCAAGAUCUGGUCAAUGAAGGAGUUCUGGACAUAUGUAGAAAAAUCUUUCACAUGGACGGAUCUUCCAUCGAAAUUUCCCACAAAAUACGUACAAUUUCCUGUGUUCAUAGCCUCUGUCCAUUCAAAUUAUGUUGACUGUAAUAGGUGGCUUGGUGAUUUUAUCCUUUCAAAGAGUGUCGACAAUGAAAUUGUGUUGUGGGAACCUAAAAUGAAGGAACAGUCUCCAGGGGAGGGAACAGUCGACAUCCUACAAAAGUAUCCAGUUCCAGAGUGUGAUAUUUGGUUCAUAAAGUUCUCCUGCGAUUUCCAUUAUAAUGCUGCGGCUAUAGGGAACAGAGAGGGAAAGAUUUAUGUUUGGGAACUUCAAUCCAGCCCACCAGUUCUUAUUGCAAGGUUGUCUCAUACUCAGUCAAAAUCUCCAAUAAGACAGACUGCCAUGUCCUUUGAAGGAAGCACCAUCUUGAGCUGCUGUGAGGAUGGGACGAUUUGGCGCUGGGAUGCCAUGGCGACUUCUUAGUGUAGCUUGCAAUUGAUCUCUGAAAUGGGUUUUUGAUAGUAUUUAGUAUUAGAGAAACCUAGACGACAUUAUGUAGCAUAAGAUAAAAAGAGUGAAAUUCGUUUUCAAUCCUCAACAUGACCCUCAUUUGUAUCAAAAUUAUCUCAGUGUGAGGAAUUUUAUUUUAUUUAUUUUAUUUUUUUUAGACUGUAACCAAAACAUGUGGACUUUCCAAGAAUGAAAUUCAUCCCUCAAAGAGUGACUUUUACUUAUUUGA